GCGGGAGGGGAAGAGGCCCCGAGCCCCCACUUUGGUCCCCUCUGGAAGUUUGCUUGGCGAGCGGCCGCGCCGGGAACGGGCCGCCCGGGGAGACAACGGCCAAGAGAGUCCAAUGUGGAGCCUGGAAGAGGAGCUGCUGACCAAGGGUGUGAUUUCUCAUCUUCCAAGAAGAGUGGAAACAGAUCCAGGCACUCUGCCUGGAACUAGAGGCAUAACAGCAACACGGGUCUGGUCUGGGGUCACUCGCUGUGCCUGGCUCCCAGUCAACCCUAGGACCUCCCAGGAAGGGGGAAAAAUACCAGAGUUGAGGCUGGAGUCUGGGCUCGUCCAGGGUUAGCGGGUCUGGGGGUGCCUCGCCCUUCCUUCUGGCUGUUUCCCGUCCUUCUUUGAGAAAGAAGGGAGGCCCAUUUUCCCCUUAGGCUCUGAGGCGCAGCUGCCUUUCUGGGCUUCAGAGACUCUGUCUGGAGUCAGGCCUCCAUCCUGGGUCACUUCCCUUGGUCCCCAAGGAGUUGUUCAUUGCUCUUGUCCUUCUGGACUUGAUAAGACGGAAAGAGGAAGCAGCUGGGGCUUAGUUGGCUCCAGAUCGGGGCCAUGGGCCCUAGCUGCAAACAGGCCGCUGCCCGAGUCUCUCUUGAGUGACCAUGCCCAUGAGUGUGAUGGCUGCCAGCAAUGCCAGGUCUUUCAGCUGGGAGAUCUUCCCCCCAAUGCCCACUUGCCGGGUGUACUGUACACCCGUCUACCAGGAUGGGCACUUGUUUGUGAUGGGUGGUUGCAGCCAGGCGGGGAUCCCUCUGGGCACGGUGGAAAUGCUGGAUGUGAUCUCGCAGAAGUGGGCAGCGCUGCCUCCCCUUCCCACGGCUCGGGCUGGGGCUGCCGCAGCGGCUCUGGAGAAGCAGGUGCUGGUGAUCGGGGGCAUGGACUCGGAGCAGAGCCCUCUGGCCUCUGUGGAGGUCUUCCACACUGACGAGGGCAAGUGGGAGAAGAAGGCAGCGCUGGCCCAGCAGUCCAUGGGUAUCUCAGCUGUGGAGAGAGAUGGCACCGUGUAUGCGCUGGGUGGGAUGGGCUCUGACACAGCUCCGCAGGCACUGGUGCGGGUCUACGAGCCAGCCAAGGACCACUGGCAGCCGUUGCCCUCCAUGCCCACUCCCUGCUACGGGGCCUCCACUUUCCUGCAGGGAAACAAGAUCUAUGUCCUGGGAGGCCGUCAGGGCAAGCUUCCGGUCACCGCCUUUGAAGCCUUCGACCUGGAGGUGAAGAGCUGGACUCGUUACCCAAGCGUGCCCAGCCGGCGUGCCUUUGCCAGUUGUGCCAUGGCAGAAGGCUGCUUUUUCAGCUUGGGGGGCUUGCAGCAACCUGGGCCCCAUAACUUCUAUUCCCGUCCACACUUUGUCAACACUGUGGAGAUGUUCGACUUGGAGCAAGGUGUCUGGAGUAAGCUGCCACGCUCAGUAAGGAUGAGGGAGAAGAGAGCUGACUUCGUGACAGGCUACCUUGGGGGCCGUGUGGUAGCAAUAGGCGGCCUUGGAAACCAACCCUCCCCGCUGGGCUCCGUGGAAGGUUUCAGCCUUGUGAGGAGGAAAUGGGAGCUCUUGCCCUCCAUGCCCACUGGCCGCUGCUCCUGUUCCAGCCUCCAGGCCCAGCAGAGGCUUUUUGUGAUUGGAGGUGUAGCCCAGGGGCCCAGUGGAGCUGUAGAGGCCCUGUGCCUGCAUGAUGGAGUCUGAGGAGCCCAGUGCAACCUACCUACCCACCCACCCGAUACCCAGGGGCAGAGACCAAGGGGGGCACAGCCACCCAUCUGCUGCCAUUAUCAGCUCAGUGACAUCACUUUCUUUUGCCAUUUAGAAACCUAAUUUCAGCUUUGUAAAGUUUAGAGUAGUGCAGAGAUCAAAAUUGUCCCGUGUGGUGAGCUGAAGCUGAGCAAGACUAGUAGCAGCUGAAGAGCUGGAAUUCCAGGGAUUGGACUGUCCUAAUUGCCCCUGCUGCUGAGAGAAAAGGGCUUCAGAUGUCCUAACUGCUGCAGGGGAUGCCUUGAAGGCUACUGGGCAGGAAGGGGUGGCGGUGCUGCCCGGCCAGAGAGCGAGUGAGCUGACAGUUUGGUCAGUGCCAUAGCUGAUCAUUCUUUCCUACUCAGUGCCCCUAUAUGCCCUAGUUCCUCAAGACUGUCUAUGUCAUCCAAGUGCAGAGGUAUGCUUGGCCAGCUGCGUCGGGCUGGAGGGAUGAACAGCUGGGAGGAGGCUGACUAUUUUCACAUGAAUCACCAGGGACCCCUAGUUCAGUGCCUAUGAGACGAUGGCAUAGUCCUAAAUAAAGCUAGCCGUUCUGGCUCUCGCCGUAAUGGCAGGUUUCAAGCUCUUGCUGAGCAAUGGGAGACUUUGUUCUCCAAGGUGGGAUCUCGGGUGGUGUGGAAGCAGAGCACCGUCCAUCCUACAGGAAAAGUUUGCCCUACCCAGGCAUCUGCCUUUCCUCUUCAUUAGAGCUGAUCCCUUUAAGGCUCGUUUUUGUCUUCUGUUCCAUUCUGCCUUUCACACUAACCCAGCUUUUUAGCCAAGGGCAAACAACGGGGAAAGUGAAGCUACAUCUUUAGGGGCAGGUUUCCCAGCCUGGGGGACGAUAUAAAUCCCAUUUUCUGUACGCUCUGCCUGAAGGGUAGUCUGAGCAAGAGACUAGAGGGCCUAUGUGGGGAUAGAGACAUAUUAUACAGACUGACAGGUCCCUGACUUUGACAGAAGAUGGGACGUUCCGAAGAAGGUGUGUCCAUAGAGUCGCUAUGGGUUGGAAACGACUCGACGGCAUUUGAAGAAGACAGGUCCCUGAGGAGGGGCUUAUGGGCAAGAUGCCCCAACAGAUUGGGGCUAGGAAUUCAGGACCCGGCCAGACGGUCGAAGAACAGUUUGAUGAAUUGAGGCAAACUGCUUCUGCUCCGGGUUCCCGCUGAGAGGGUUGAAAGAGGGAUAGUGGCUAACAUUUUGUGUUAAAUUUUUCUUCCUCAAAGUUCUGAGUCUGAUUAUUUGAAAAACCGAUGAGACCAUUCAGAGGCUCAGGGUGAGAGUGGUGUUACCCCCUUGAGAGCCCUGAGCUCUUUAUAGAGAAGAGGAAUUCCUGACUGGCUACCCUGCUAUUCAAAUGCCUAGUCACUCCUCUACCCACAGCUGCACGAGGAAGUUUUGAUGGCACCUUCUGUUCCAAGUCUUCAUCAAGAAUUGUCUUCCUCUUCUGGGAUAAACUAUUGGUGUGCAGUGCCCAGCUCGGCAAUGGUAGUCACUUGCAAGCUGAAAGAGGGAGCUGUGGCUGGGCGAUAGUAAUAACUGGGGAGAGGGGGGAUUUUG